AUGGAAAAAGUUCAACCUCAGUGUUAUAGAUUGAGUGAAAUAAAAGUUGAGAAGCUUCUGGUGAAGAAAAUUAGAAAAUUAGAUAAUACUCUUGACGUUAUCUAUAAAAAUGUCUUUUGUGCUUUGAAGUUUUCGAACAAAGCAGAAAAGGAAGCGACCAUAUUUCCUGAGACUUGGCAAUCCCCUCAAGGUAGAAUCAUCGUUUCUUUAGAAAUCGUAAGAAAAUCUUCUUAUCAUAAAUUUCUUGUGGUAAAUGACCAGAGGUCAUGA